AUGGUCUUCACUGAUGAUGUGUCAUCAUACCGCAAGGCUUUCUUCCUGUCUAAGAAGUCAGGGGAUGCAACACUACAGGCCAUCAGAGAGUACUGGGCAGAGAGUGAACAGCAGACUGGGAAGCAGCUCAAGAAGCUGCACCUCAACAUGGGAAAGGAGUUCAUGAACAGGGCAUGCGAAGACUACUGCCAGGAGGCUGGGACUCUACUCAAAUUGACAGUGCCAUACGCUCAUGCAUCAAAUGGAGUACCAGAGAGGACCAACCGGACCAUUGUCGAGGGGGUACGAUGCCUUCUGUGUGACUCCAGGCUACCCCCAUCCCUCUGGGCAGACGCUGCUGCCACAUUGGUAUACACACACAAUCUAAUUCCCUCUAGCCGCCAUCCCAGGAAGGUACCAACUGAAGUCUGGACAGGGAAGCAUCAGGACGUCAGCCACCUGCACCCAUUUGGGUGCACUGCAUAUGCGAAGAUACCAAAGGAAGUGAACCCUUCCAAAAUUGGCCCAAUAUCCAUAAAGUACUUGCUCAUUGGCUACUAUGACCACGAUGCAUACAAGCUCUUUGAUCAACACACAGGAAAGGUGAUUAAGAGUUGGGAUGUCAUUUUUGAGGAAGGAACAGGACAUCAUAUGCUGCUGGCCACACAACCUCCAAUGGAUUCAGAAGAUAUAUAUGACAUCUUUGGUUCCACACCCACAGAUGAUGUGGAAGCAGGCAAUGGGACUCCAGGAAGGGUGGUCCAAGAGGUGUUACCUGUGGCACCGUGUACCUGCCCUACUGACAUCCUCCAUGAUGCCCCCAUGGAACCCACAACACCAGCAGAGCCAUGCCCAGCUGCUCCAGCUGCACCACCACCCAAUGCAGAGCCCCAGAGGUCCACACACACCACACGCCUGACAACCGCAAUCCUGGAGUUGUGCGAGUCUGAGGGGCGACUGACCCAGGUGAAGUCAGAUGGCAUUGACUGGGCAACUGAUAGCUCCAAACCAUGGACAAUGCUCGCCACUGACCUUCCCUCACUCCACACUGAGCUAGAUGACUACAUGGCAAUGCUUGCCUCAUCUUCUGACCACCACCUCCCACAAAGCACUGUUGAAGCACUCUGGGAACCCAACCUAUGGCUUGAGCUGAUGCAGAUUGAAUGA